AUGGCCACGGCUGCAAAAGAAGGUGGCUUGGGCGGAGCCGAGAGCUCCCCCUCCACGCCGUUGGCGACGCCCGUGGCAACCCCGGUGUCGACGAGGUCGGUGAAGUGGGAGAAGGACGUCGAGGAUGCGGCUGGCGCGCUGGAUCGGCCACUGCUUCACAAGCGCUGCACGAACACGACCUCGCAGAUGGCCGUCGUCGGCGCCAACACCUGCCCCAUCGAGAGCCUCGAUUACGAAGUGGUGGAGAACGAAGUGUACAAUCAAGACUGGCGAUCAAGAGGAAAACUUCAGAUCUUCCAAUACCAGGCCCUUAAAUGGGCCCUGGCACUCUUCGUGGGUUUAGUGGUCGCCCUAGUUGGAUUCUUCAACAACAUUGCUGUCGAAAACAUCGCUGGUUUCAAGCUGCUCCUGACGAGCGAUCUCAUGCUCAAGGACCGGUACAUGAUGGCGUUCUUAGUGUACAUCGGUUGCAACACAACGUUGGCCGCUGCAGCAGCUGCACUGUGCGCUUACGUUGCCCCGGCAGCAGCCGGCUCCGGCAUCCCUGAGGUCAAGGCCUAUCUGAAUGGCAUCGAUGCGCACUCGAUCUUGGCGCCUAGUACCCUCUUGGUGAAGAUUUUUGGCUCGGUGCUAGGGGUGUCUGCCGGGUUUGUGCUGGGCAAGGAAGGGCCAAUGGUGCACACCGGUGCUUGUGUUGCCUCCUUCCUCGGGCAAGGCGGAUCACGGAAGUAUGGCCUCACCUGGAACUGGAUCAGGUACUUCAAGAAUGACCUGGACCGCAGGGAUCUCAUCACCUGUGGAGCCGCGGCCGGCGUGGCAGCAGCCUUCCGUGCCCCGGUUGGCGGCGUGCUCUUUGCGCUUGAAGAAGUUACAUCAUGGUGGCGGAGCGCGCUUCUCUGGAGGACGUUCUCGACGACGGCCGUGGUGGCGAUGGUGCUGCGCGGCCUGAUCAGCUACUGCCGCGGUGGCCACUGUGGCCUGUUCGGCAAAGGAGGGCUGAUCAUGUUCGACCUCAGUUCUCGGCAAGCCACUUACACCGCGACGGACCUCGCCGCGGUCAUGCUGCUCGGCAUCCUCGGCGGGCUGCUCGGUGCUCUUUUCAACUACUUCGUCGACCGGAUCCUUCGCGUCUACAGCCUCCUCAACGAGAAGGGCGCGCGGUCCAAGAUCAUCUUGACGGUGACCAUCUCGGUGAUCACCUCGUGCUGCACCUUCGGCUUGCCUUGGCUCACGUCGUGCACCCCCUGCCCGCCCGAGCUCGCCGGGAAGUGCCCGACCAUUGGCCGCUCCGGCAACUUCAAGAACUUCCAGUGCCCGGCGGGGCACUACAACGCGCUGGCGUCCCUCUUCUUCAACACCAACGACGACGCCAUCCGCAACCUCUUCAGCGCGGGGACCGACAGGGAGUUCGGCGUGGCCACGCUCCUGACCUUCUUCGUCACCGUCUACGCCCUGGGCAUCCUCACCUACGGCGUGGCGGUGCCGUCGGGGCUCUUCAUCCCCGUGAUCCUCGCCGGCGCCUCGUUCGGGCGCCUGACCGGCUCGCUGGUCGGGUCGAUCAGCGGCCUCGACACGGGCCUCUUCGCGCUGCUGGGCGCGGCGUCCUUCCUGGGCGGGACGAUGCGGAUGACGGUGUCCGUGUGCGUCAUCCUGCUGGAGCUGACCAACGACCUCCACCUGCUGCCGCUCAUCAUGCUCGUGCUGCUCAUCGCCAAGACGGUGGCGGACUGCUUCAACAAGGGGGUGUACGAGCAGAUGGUGCGCAUGAAGGGGCUCCCCUACCUGGAGGUGCACGCGGAGCCGUGCAUGCGGAGCCUGGUGGCCGGCGACGUCGUGUCGGGCCCGCUCAUCACCCUGUCCAGCGUGGAGCGCGUCGGCACCGUGGUGGAGACCCUCCGGCACACGGGCCACAACGGGUUCCCCGUGAUCGAGGAGCCGCCGUUCGCGGCGGCGCCGGAGCUGUGCGGCCUGGUGCUGCGCUCCCACCUGCUGGUGCUGCUGCAGGGGCGCAUCUUCACCCGGGGCCGCGCCAAGGCCAGCGCCGCCGAGGUGUUCCGCACGCUCGCGCCGUUCGACUUCGCCAAGGCCGGCUCCGGCAAGGGCCUCAAGGUGGAGGACCUGGGCCUGAGCGAGGAGGAGAUGGACAUGUACGUGGACCUCCACCCCAUCACCAACCGGUCGCCCUACACCGUGGUGGAGAACAUGUCGCUGGCCAAGGCCGCCGUGCUGUUCCGCGGCCUCGCCCUCCGCCACAUGUGCGUCGUGCCCAUGACGCAGGGGAGGCCGCCCGUGGUGGGGAUCCUGACGCGGCACGACUUCAUGCCGCAGUACAUCCGCGGGCUGUACCCGAACACCAUCCCCCGGUAGAACGAAAAGGCAAAGGGGGAUGGCUCUGGCUCGCGAAUGGAUUUCGAUUUGCAUUGGCACAUUGUGUAUAGGUUAGGUUAGGCAGGCUCUUUAAUUAAUAUGGCUCCAAAAAGGAUUUACUAGGUUCUCAGAUCAGCACCCUGUCCCCUGCGGUCAAAGUGGUGCGCCUGAAAAUUU